AUGUCUUCCCUUUCUUACUGGAAUGACGUGAUGGAUGAGGAGCCCACAUUAAUGUCAUCAGACAGACGAGUAGGUUCUGUCCCUCAUAAAUCAGGGCCUCGUAUCGAUGACUUUUUUAUUGAAUCAAGCGAAGAACCAAUUCCAACACUUGACGAAUCCUAUAAAAAUGUAGGAGCGCCUCUACUUCCAUCACCUUCUCAUAGGCGCUCCAGAUCUUUGAAUAGCUCGGAUAUGGAAGCUGUCCCACCAAUAGAUCUCUCAUUUGCAAUGCACAAACCUUCAGAUCUCUUACCAGUUGAUCUUAAAAAUUUAGCAAGCCAACAGAAACCCGCGCCUUCACUAGAAUUAUACGAAGCAAUUUUAGAAAGUGAUUCACCUGACAAAAUCAACAAAGCAAAUAAGCAACUUCAACGAAUCGUUAAAACUAAAUCUGAUGCUAAAGAACUAGGUAAAAUAUAUAGAACUGCAGCAGAAAUCAACAAACGCAAUUUUCUUUUCAAUGAUUCGCUAAAUUUAUACGAAAAAGCAACAGAAGCCGAGCCAGGAAAUGCUCAGAACUAUUUGGAUCACUCAAAAGUAUUAGAGGAACUCGGACAAAUCGAAAAAGCCGAGAAUAUCCUCAGAAAUGGUAUUUUUGUAUGUGCGCAACAUGAACAACUUACUCCAAAACUUCUUAAAAUGUUCGAAAAAAGACAGAAAUUCGAUGCCGUGAGAAAAGUUUUAGGUUCAUUGUACCAAAGGCUUGGAGUUCCAGCGGCAACACCAAGUUUACUUGAAGGCAUAUUGUUUGAAAUAAGACAUGGCGAUAUCAAGAAGUCUCUUAACCUUUUAUCUGAAUUAGAAAAAACAUCUCAACUCAAAAACGGCUUUUUCGUAGAACUUGCCGAAGACAUACGUCGUAGAGGUUUAUCUGAUCUCUCAAUUCAAUGCUCUCAAACAGGAAUUGAGAAAUACCCUACAAUGCCUAGUAAUUGGCUUCAUUUCAUAUCAGUACAGCGUACGCCUCAUGAUACUCUUGAAGCUCUUAAUAACGCUUCAGGAAAACUAUCCGUUUCUACGAUGACCAAAAUUGGUCAAACCGCUGCAUUUCAAUGCGCGCACUUAGGAGACAUGAAGAGCGCUCGGAAGAUACUUGCUGAGGCCAUGUCUACAGCUUCGCCUGACCAACGAUGGCGUUUUCUUUACAAUUCUUCAGUCAUCGAAACAUUAUUCGGCCAACCACCACUUGUCGAGAAACUUCUUAACUACACUUUACAUAUUACACCACAAAAGUCGAUUUCUACCGUACUCAUGGCCAUUGCAAAGUAUUAUGAGCAAGUAAAUGACAUGAAGAACGCCAAACGGAUUUACAAGCAGUUCCGAAAGGAAUUCACCAGUGACUGGCGAAUAUUCCUGGAAUACGCUUUAUUCCUUAUCCGUAGAGGCAACAGAUCGAAAGCGAUCAAGUGGGUCAAGAAAGGCAUCGAAAUCCACUCGGCGACCGGCAGAUUAUGGGCCUUAUACGUACAGUUGGAAGACGAGACUCUCCAGAGCCAACGUUUGGUCGAAGCCGUAAUGAGUGCUCCGAAAAGUGGCGAAAUCUGGGUCGAAGCCGCCAGAAUGGCCAUGAAUCCAUUGACACCUUUCUUCAACUUAAAGAACGCGGAGUUCUUUUUGACGGAGAGUUUUCUCUUCACUCCACAAUACGCUGACAUCUUCAUAGAGAUGAUCAGACUCUGUUUACUCAAAGGCGGAUUGAACGCUGACUUGAGUACUGUUCAUGACUUGUUCCUUUCCGGAGAAGGAAACUACGGAACAGUCAUUUACAUGUUCAGGAAACCAGGCACUGAAUUCACUGAACAAGAGUUUGAUGCGAUUGUUGAUGGCGUGAAGAAGGAUAUCAUUAGACACGCGAAGGCUUAUUCGCAUGCAAUUGCUCGCUCUUCAUUUGUUGUUGAUUCUGUAAGACACGAGGAGGAGAACCUGAAGAAUGAAAAGGAGAAUGAAUCUCCUUUUUCGUUCAGCUUCGGUUUGUCUUCUUUCUUCGAUGCAAUGUACGCGUCGCAGGAGAAGAAAUCCCCUCAGGAGCUUCUGGAUGUUCGGAAAUCAAUCAUUUUCGGAACAUCUAUGGUUAUGUUAUAA